ACCACUACCAGCGGACAUUAUGAAGAUUACUUUUAACUUGUCCGCAAACAUGAUUUAUCUUACGAGCAACCAGACCUCCAAAAGUGAAUCGCAAUCUAAUGGCAGUGUCAACAAGAAUGGGUCUGCAGUGUCAAACACAAACGCGUAAUCUUCCCGAUGCUCCAUUUUCCACAGAUUAUGAAGCUUGCUUUUACAACGGAGCCGGAGAAGCUGUUAAGUUCUCCAUGCCAUGCCGAUGCUGUGUUUUGAAACCAAGUGCGAAGCUUUCCACGGGACAGUGUUCUGCAACGGUUUUCUCGCGGCGUUGAAGGCCGGUGUGCUACGGCGUGUACGCGAUAUAUCAAGUGUAAACGCAAUACAACCCAACGUGUAUUGGAGCCCUGAACUUGCUUUGAAGCGUCAUAAUAAAUGGUUAUAACAUAAAAGUUACCUUGUGUAUAUCUUAUUCGAACAGACAAAAUUUAUAUGUGCGCUUUUCUUUUUUAAACCGUUUUUUUUUUUUUUUACGUCGCGUUUUACAGCCUCCAGUAUUGGUUCGCUUACAGCCCACACAUGUGGACACACACCGUGCACUCAUCGUGUCAGAAUUGGCCCAUCCAGUCACCACCUUUGAUUCUGUACACGAGGUCAGCUGGACCAGCCCAGUUUUAAUUACACCAUCUACGGGUUCAGUCCAGUUUACUGUCACACCGUCUCCGUGAUGAGCUCAGUGAGAAAGCUACGUCAAACUUAGAAGCAUACAAAAAAAUAUUUGCUUGAAAAAAAAAAGAGAGAGAGAAAAAAAGACGCCGUUGGCACACGUGUAUAUCCCUUCAAUAUUUCAACAUGGAUUAUUCGUGUUCGAUUAAUUAUUUCUCCAAUCUCUAUUAAAAAUCAUUUCUAUUGCUCCGAUCUCUCUACGUUUCUUCCUCCUCCUAUGCCAUCAAUCUACCGUAGUGGGUGAUUGCCAUUAACAGGGAACAAGACAUCGGCGGCGGCGGCGGCGGAGCUGAGCCGAUCACCAACGAGUGGCUCGUCGACUGUCGACGGCAGCUCCGGAAGCGGAGGGCCGACCGGUGCAGCGGCGAUGCCACGGCUCUGACACGCGUCCGACGUAAUGCGCGAACAGCUGCGCGCCUUUUGACCGGCCAGCAAACAGACGGGAACCGGCAGUCCCAACAAAGAUGGCGCCGUCAUGUCACUUGCUGAAGCUUCUGCCCCUUCUGACGGUUGCGGGCGUUCUCUGUCAGCUGCCUGGAUGUUGCGUGGCUGGAGCCAGCAACGUUCCACACCACAUCUCUAAGAAAGACCUGCACAUCGACCUGUCCGUGCCAUCGCUAGGCGUGCUGCUGUCGCAGAGGCUCCAGCGCAAGGCUUCGUCGCAGCAGGAACUGCCACAGCGCUCGCAGUGGCGAAGUCAGUACGACGGCGCCCCGUCUGACGAGAAGCGGGACGGAGGCGACUCGAGCGCCGACCAGGGCGAGAGCACAACCGAGGAACGUACCACCGUCCGGACGCACAGAGGACGUUUCGGCCAGGACAUGACCGCCAAAACUAGCGCGGUCACGCUCCCUGCCGAGCACGACCACGAGUCCAUCGCGCCGGAGCAAUCCAUCGUGCGUCGAUGGAAGAACCUCAUGGAACCGCGUGAACCACUGCCAGCUGAUCUCGUCCCGGACUCGACGCGAACGCCGCCAAAGCUGAAGCGAAGCGACGACGCGACGACAUCCCCUCGAACCGAGAACCGUCCAGAAGGGUCGAAGCGGUCCGCCACUCGUGAUUACGCCAUCGCCAACGCCACCGAAAGCGCGUGCAACUGCAGCGAACUGCUGAGCAACGAGACCGUCAGCAAGGUCUUCUACCUCGUGCCGCCGCCCCUCGAGACGAGCGGCCAGAACGGAAGCCUAAUCAAAGAGAUCAUCCGGGCGUCACUGUCUAAAUCCGUGCUCGUGGAAAGGCUCUACGACAAAGGCUGUCGCUGCAGCUGCAACCACACGUCACUAGCUCCAAUUCCUGCAAGCUCGAGUGCGAAGACGAGGCCAACUACGGCAGAGACAACAAAAGCGACACCCACUACUGUGCCGUGUACGGCAUCCGCUAGUACCAGCACGCGCUUGCAGGAAGACCGCCCGCAGACCCUGUGCGCGCCCAGAACCACUGCGAGCAGUUCGCGAGGAACCAAGUGUCCCACGCGCGUCUUCGUCAAGUUUCCGGGCGAGGACCUUCCGGCUCGUGCCACGGACUGCCGCAAGCUGUGGCUACCGGACAGCGUCUACAAGGGCGAGUCCUUCUGGGAGUGCGAGGACAGAGGGUCGGCCGACUGCGGCGGUGGACGCGUGGUGACAACGCCGAGCAGCACGGAGCGCACUUUCCUAGCGCCGCGGGCGUCCAAUCCGCUACCUUCUUCCCAGGGCCCGCAAAACGCGGUCUACGCAAGGCCAUCGGCAUGGUACUCCACCAGGCGAAGAACGGCUCAGCCGACGGCGACUACAAACAGAGCUGAAACUGCAGCUAGUACUAAGACAGUGACGUCCACAGCGAAAAGGACCGUGUCCACGACGCCGUCGAAGUGCGGCAAUGCCAAGGACGAAGACGCGUCACCUGGCGCACCCGAAAAGAAGGCGCACAAUCAGGCAGCGUACGCCACGGUCACAUCGCCGAACGAAACCGCCGGCGGCUGGCAUCUGAGCCUCAUUGUGCCCUUCUAUCCUUUCGGCGGCAACAAGACGGGGAACGCGACGCUGCCGUCUACGAGAGCGCCGAUGCCCGAGAACUUGCGGCACCGACAUUACAUGACAAGUAGAACGACGGCGACGACGGCGAAGAAGACAAGCGCGAGAAGGCUUACGCCAACCUCAAUAUCGCAGACGUCCGGGACGACGUCUAGUAUCCUCCCUUCUAGCGCUCCCACUGAUACCAUACAAUCUAGCACUGUAACGUCGACGUUACCCUUGUUGGCGUCGAAGAACGAGACACUGCUCUCCGCGGAGUGGCCACAGCGGUGUCCGAAGAGCGGCGACUUUUCGACGUUCAACAACUCGCUCGCCUUCAUGCUCAUGUGCGCGCCGGCAGCCUCGCACGAAGGAGACCGCGGCCAGGCGUCUGGCCGGACGGAUUACCGAAGGAGCACGCACUACCACCUGCACGACGACGACGACUUCACGUGGACCCGCGCCGCCACGUACACGUCCAGGCCAGCGCAGGUCCAGUCGCUGCCCUACAGGACCUCCAGGAACGGAACUGCCUUUCCGUACCCGUUACGAGGCUCCGACGUCUCGGCGGCGCGAAACAGCAACUUCUUCCGUCCUCGCGGUCGAAACGUCACUGCCACCUCGUCCAGGAACGGAAGCCAGCCGAAUCGUGAUGUUCCGGUCGUCCUGGAAGGAACCGCUUUUUCCAAGCGGCCGAAGCCCUAUUUUGGUGGUGAGACGCGGACAACCAAGUCGACCACGGACAAGAGGUACGCCGACGUCAUUCUCGGGGCGGCGGCGGAACGACCGGCAUCGUCGCGUCAGAGACAACGCUGGGCAUACAGAGGCUACUACCGAGAGGUCGCCCGUCAGUUUCCACACACCGACGUCAAGCGGUACGACGCGGUGCGGGACCGGGCCGCCGGACAACGCGCAGCGACUCCCGCAGACAACGGCGAAAACAGGCAAAGAAGUCGAUUGCCAGACAAGAGAGCGGCGAUCAGUAGCGGGUUCUCUGUCACCGAAGAAAAAUACCGUCGUCCCUUGCCUCCCGCAAAGAUGGACUUGCUCAAGUCCAUCAUCAGCAUAAAGGCGCUCGUCGACGAGGCUCGGAGCUCCGGGUGCAAGGACGCCCUCCGAUGCAACGCGAACGACGCCAGGAACUCCGACGCGUCAGAGAAAGUUGUCGUGCGCAACGGCCAGCCUUCUGAGGACGACGAGUACGAGUAUUACUACGUCGACGACGAUGCCACCAGCCAGCGUCCUCUAGACCGGCACCGGCGCUCCGUCACUACGACGUCAUGAGCCGCCGUGAGGCCGGCGCAGAGUGGCAGUUAGCCAGUGAGGAUAGUCCAAAAGUUAGCUGCAACCCAGCGAUAUUGUCCUGCAAUAAAACGAAUUAUGAUUCGUUUGAGUCGCGGCAUUCGGGA